UGAGGAGAGGACAUCCGAAAGAAAUUUCCUUCGGGAGAAGAUCACAGAUCAGAGACGUUAUAGCAGAAUCAAGAAUCUCCGUUGAUUCUCUCUCUUUAUCUCUCCCUCCGUGGAAACCGCCAAAAAUUUCAUAGGAACGAUAACAAUGGCGACGGAGUUUGUCGGAGGAGGAGGGGGAACGUUGUCGGAGUUGUACAGUGGUGCGAAGAGGGUCCUGCUCAGGGCUCGUGACGGGAUCGAGAGGUUGGAGAGGCUCGAGUCCGCCAUAACGGCUUCCUCCGCCGCUUCGUCAAUGGAUUCGCCGGAUCUCGCCGCCGCAGUGAAGCGGGACAUUACUCAGGUUCAAUCCCUAUGCUCCGACAUGGACGGUCUCUGGCGUUCCAUAGCUGGCAAAUCUCAGCGCGAUCUCUGGAGAAGAAAGACUGAACAAGUGGGGGAAGAAGCUGAGUACUUGAGCCAGAGUUUGGAUAAAUACAUAUCGCGGAAUCAGAGAAGGAUGAUGGAAGCGAAAGAGAGGGCAGACUUACUAGCGAGAGCUAAUGGAGAAGGAGCGCACAUUUUGCAAAUAUUUGACGAGGAAGCUCAAGCAAUGGGUUCAGUCCGGAAUUCAAAGAGAAUGCUGGAAGAGUCUUAUUCAACGGGAGUAGCCAUCCUUUCCAAGUAUUCUGAACAAAGAGAACGCUUGAAGAGGGCGCAGCGUAAAGCACUGGACGUUCUGAACACGGUGGGGCUCUCCAACUCGGUGCUGAGACUCAUCGAGAGGCGGAACCGAGUUGACACGUGGAUCAAAUAUGCGGGAAUGAUAGCAACCAUCGUCAUCCUGUAUCUGUUCAUAAGAUGGACCCGUUAGUAGAGACAUCUAUCUUCGCAGUUGAGAACAAAAAGGAACAAAAAAACUUGCGGGGAUCUUUGCCUGCUUUGACUGUCUGUGCCCUUUUGUAUGUAACAGUUUGUUACUUUGAUCGUUCACUCGUGCUGUUCGGAGACAUUAAAAUUAGUUAUCACUAAUGGAGAGUUCUGUCCGUAGUUUCUUUAC